CACACACUCACAGGGGGGACGGGUUUGUCCGGUCAAACGCAACACACAGACUGUCAUUUCACCGCAGUUGUGUUCAGAUUGAGAGGGGACUUUAAGGAAAUACCGAAGAAGACGACGAAGAAGGAGGAGGACGCAGCCCUUGGCGCUUACUGAAACUUUGAGCGAUGGAAAAUUUGUCCAGCAACAACCGGUUUCGGUCCGCAAUGUUCAACCACGACGAUGAGGACCAGGACAAGGAAUAUGUUGGUUUUGCAACAUUGCCAAACCAGGUGCAUCGCAAGUCAGUCAAGAAAGGAUUUGACUUCACACUCAUGGUGGCAGGGGAGUCUGGCCUGGGAAAGUCCACUCUGGUCAACAGUCUGUUUCUUACAGAUCUUUACAAAGAUAGGAAGCUGCUCAAUGCUGAAGAGCGAAUCACACAAACAGUAGAAAUCACCAAACACACAGUGGAUAUAGAAGAGAAAGGUGUUAAACUAAAGCUCACCAUUGUGGACACACCUGGGUUUGGGGAUGCUGUGAACAACACUGAAUGCUGGAAGUCAGUGGCUGACUACAUCGACCAGCAGUUUGAGCAGUACUUCAGGGACGAGAGUGGCCUCAACCGCAAGAACAUCCAGGACAACCGCGUACACUGCUGCCUCUAUUUCAUCUCACCCUUUGGUCAUGGCCUUCGGCCUUUGGAUGUGGAAUUUAUGAAAGCUCUCCAUGAGAAGGUUAACAUCGUCCCUGUUCUGGCCAAAGCCGACACACUCACCCCGAGUGAGGUGAAGAAAAAGAAAAUCAAGAUCAGAGAGGAGAUUGAGCAAUAUGGUAUCAAGAUAUACCAGUUCCCUGACUGUGACUCUGACGAAGACGAGGAAUUCAAGCAGCAGGACCUCGAGCUGAAGGAAAGCAUUCCCUUUGCAGUAAUUGGCAGCAACACAGUAGUGGAGGCCAAAGGGAAAAGGGUGCGGGGCCGUCUGUAUCCCUGGGGCAUCGUAGAAGUGGAGAACUCGGCACACUGUGAUUUCGUGAAGCUGAGGAACAUGCUCGUUCGCACACACAUGCAAGAUCUCAAGGACGUGACACGGGAGACCCACUACGAGAACUACAGAGCCCAGUGUAUCCAGAGCAUGACCCGCAUGGUCGUGAAGGAACGUAACCGCAAUAAACUAACCAGGGAGAGUGGUACAGACUUCCCAAUCCCCGUGGUGCCCGGAGUGACGGACAGUGAGACAGAAAAGCUCAUCCGAGAGAAAGAUGAGGAGUUGCGACGGAUGCAGGAGAUGCUCCAGAGGAUCCAGGAUCAAAUGCACACUCAGAAAGACACAUAUUAAAUCAGUACACCAGUCAAAGGUGUACAUGUCUCUCGUUCACUGGGAUUAAAAGAAACACACACCCAGGAAACCUUUAUUCCUCUCUAGGACAUUGACAUCCCUACAUGUCCACCCAACCACCACUCAACCUCAUCAGCAGCACAUUACACAUGGAUCAGGGACCUGCGAGGAGGUAGUAAGAUGAUCUGACAUUUGCAGUUUAACGACUCCCUUUAUCCUCUUCAGAAUCUCUGACAUUAAUGGCACCACUGCUGCAAAGCACUCAACCCGCCUCCUCUUCACUGUUCUGUUCUGUUCUGUCAAAAAUAUUUUAAAAAAUGGACAGGUUUGAUGUUUGCUUGGAUAAAUCUGUCUCUAGUUUGAGGGUUAGUUCACAUAUCUGAACUUUAUUUAGCCACAUGAUCACAGGGGUGUUGUUUUGUUUUAUUUUUUUACGUAAGGUGUUUAUGAGGUUUACAUCUAAGUACUGGUGACCUGCUCAGAUUUUUUAUAAGCACGCUUUUCUGGUGCAAGUGUUUAUUUUUAUUAUCAUUAUAGGCCAAAAUGCAUAUAUACUGUCAUAAUUUAAUUUUCUAUAUUACACUCAUAAACAUUUUUUCUACUGUUUUUCAUCUUUUACUGAACGCGUUCCUGGUUUUAUUUAACUACUCCUUACAACACUGUUCAACAUUAUGUAUGAAAAUUUGUUUUAUGUAGAGGUUCCUCUUGGUUAAUUUGGUCAAAUCUUUACACAAUGAUUUUUUUCAUUUAAAUUUUUGUUUGAUUAGUGUCUGCAUGUUUAUCAUAGUUGCCACCUCCGCUGCCUGAGAGCAUGGAUGUAAGCAGCUCUGCUCAAUGCCAGUCUUAACUCACAUUAGAAACCACUGCUUACUGAUUUCCAUAUAAACAUUUAAAAUAAUACAACUUUUUAAAUGACGAGAAGUCCUUUAUUAUUUGGAGAAUUCCCCAAAGCAGAGUUGUUUCAGAAUCACUUCAUCUCAUACAUGGCUGUAUCAUGACAGAACCAUCAAGAGGUCACAUGUGAGAGCUGAUGAUACCUGUUAUGGUCAGAGAUGAUAAGACAAGACCUUUGUUUUGCAUGAACUGAGUGUCCAAGGGAAGGGUUGCAUUAGAGGCCAUGCAGUCUAUUUAUUUUUGCAUGUGUUUUAUAAAGGUUACUCAGAUUGCAGAUCAAUGUAGUGACCAUAAGGUUAUUUAUGGGCAAUGAAAAUAUGUAGCCUCUCAACUGUCACGGGAAAUAAAUUGAGAUGAGUUGUAUUUUUUUUUGUUUUUUUGUUUUUUUUUUGUUACGAUUUCCUCACUUGAAGGGAACUCAUAUGUUGGACAUGUGCUAACCUUAACAUUUAUCUUAUAACCAAGGCCAACAAUGGCAAACUUAAUUGUCCUAAAUUUUCCUUUUCAAAGUGUGAGUUUUGUUUUGUAUUGACAUGAAGAAUAUUGUUUUGGAAUAACUUAUCAAAGCCAAGAGCAAUGAUCAGAAUUAGUGAAUGAACUUGACUCUUUUGCUAAUUGUUUUCAUGUUGCAAGUACAAACCUUAUUUUUUUGAAAAUGAGAUGACUCUGCCGUGUCAUGUGACCUUUGUUUAAAAAAAAAAAAAAAAAAAACAUUCCUUGAGCUUCUGUCCCAGAGUCAGGUAUUUCUUUUUCUUCCUCUUUUCUUAAUUUGUUUGUUUUAUAUUAAAUUUGUCUUUUGUUAUUCUACUUUUUGGAGUAUAUUUAUGUAAUAAAUUUAUAAAUGAAAUGCAGAUGGAGAGGACAAUAUGUACAAAUUCUAAUAUUGUAAUAAAAUAUGAAUAUAAUUUCAUGUCUCCAUCACACAUCGGGUUUUGCUUUAUUUAGUGAAAACAAAAGAAGAACUGAAUGCCAUGACUUGAUUUUAAUAAAUGAGUUUUUAAGCUGUCACAAAAUUUAAUCAACUAAUCCUGAAUUAGAUUUUCAUCAGUUCAAACAAUGCAUUACAGUUGUACGCAAACA